AUGGAGCGCAGAGUGAAGCUGAGGACAUUGAAUCCUUAUAUCUCAUGUAUCAUUUGCCGGGGGUAUCUUAUUGAUGCUACCACUGUUACUGAGUGUUUGCAUACUUUCUGUAAGAGUUGCCUAGUGAAGCAUCUCGAAGAAAAGAAUACCUGCCCAAAAUGCCGAAUUGUCAUUCAUCAGUCACAUCCACUUCAGUACAUCAGCUACGACCGAACACUGCAAGAUGUGGUGUACAAGCUGGUGCCGGAUAUGCAAAAAUGCCAAGAAAGGCGACAAAAAGAAUUUUACCGAUCUCGAGGGCUGCCAUAUCCAAAGGAAAUUUUAGAAAAAUCUCAAACAGAUUGCAAUCAGAGUGUGCCGGAAACAGUAGAAACCACCUGCAAUUUUCACAAAAGUGACGAACAAAUGGGCGUUCAGCUGCUCAGUUUGGAUGAAAAACAAAUGGCACAACUACGCGAGCCUUUCUUACGCUGCUCUUCUCAGACCACAAUAAAGCACCUUAAAAAGUUUCUUGCAACAAAGUUCUUCAAAGAAAUCGAAAAACAACGAGAUAUUGAUAUUCUUUACAAUGAAGAGCUGCUUGGGAAAGACCACACUUUGAAGUUCGUUUACGUUACACGAUGGCGGCUUAAGGUUUGCUUGAAAACAAAUGAGCCUAUUUAA